AUGAAAAUCAAACGACAUCUGUGGGUUAUUUUUGGGAGUCAAACAGGAUCAGCACAGGAUGUUGCAGAAUAUCUUGAAAGAGGGGCAAGAAGACGUUUGUUUGAUACAUAUAUAUGUCCAGGAGAAGAUAUUUUGAUUGAAGAUUUUAUUGAAGCAAGAUUAGUUAUUUUUGUAUGUUCAACAACAGGACAAGGUGAAAUGCCGGAUAAUAUAAAACCCUUAUGGAGAUUUUUGCUUAGAAAAGAUUUACCAGAAAAUUUUCUUGAAAAUAUGGAGUUUGCAGUAUUUGGUAUUGGUAGUACACUUUAUCCUAAAUAUAACUGGUCAUCUAAAAAACUAUAUAGACGUUUACUUCAACUUGGUGCACAAUCAAUUUAUAAACGUGGAGAAGCAGAUGAACAACAUGAACAGGGAAUUGAUGGAGCUUUAAUUCCAUGGUCAGAAGAACUUUGGAGGAUUUUAUUAGAAAAAUAUCCAAUUCCAAAAGGAUAUGAUAUAUACCCAGAAACCUUACUUUUAUCAUCAUCAUUUUUUGUGAACUUAAAUAAAGCAAAAGUGUCAUCCACUACUUAUUCAAUUCAUAGAGCAAAUGUUAUUAAAGUAACUGUUUCUCAAAAUCUACGUAUAACAUCGCAAGAUCAUUGGCAAGAUGUGAGACAUGUGAUAUUGGAUAUUCAUGAUAACUCAAUAACUUAUUAUCCUGGUGAUAAUAUUAUUUUAUAUCCAUCUAAUCCUUCUAAAGAGGUAGAAAGUUUUCUUGAAUGUAUGAAUUGGUUGGAAAUUGCAGAUAUUCCUUUGCAUAUAUCUUCAAAAAGGAUUUAUAAAAAUUCAUUAAUUCCAUCAGAAGCUACAUUACGAUUUCUUUUUACAAACAUAUUAGAUUUUUUAUCAGUUCCUCGGCGGUCAUUUUUUGAAUUUUUGCUACAUUUUACAGAUAAUAAAGAUUUUAUUGAUAAAUUUCAUCAUUUUCGUAGCAUUGAGGGCCAAGAAGAUUUAUAUGAUUAUGUUAAUCGUCCAAGAAGAACUAUUUUAGAGGUUAUUCAAGAUUUUUCCCCUUUAAACAUUCCAUUAGAUUAUAUAUUUGAUGUUUUUCCUAUUAUAUCUGGUCGAAAAUUUUCUAUUGCUAGUAGUUUAAAGACUAAUCCAGGACAAAUUCAUUUAUGUGUAGCAAUCGUUAAAUAUAAGACAAUUUUGAGAAAUUUCAGAUACGGUCUCUGCACAAGGUGGAUUUCUUUCCUUUCAGAAGGCAUUGAAAUAGAGAUCGGUUUUUCUUCAGGAACUUUAAAAAAACCUAAAUUGCCUUCAAUUCCUAUUGUUAUGAUAGGGCCAGGAACAGGUGUUUCACCAUUGCGUUCAUUGAUUCAAGAACGUAUUUUUGAUGGAUGCAAAAAUAAUAUAUUAUUUUUUGGAUGUCGUUCACAAUAUAAAGAUUUUUUAUUUAAAGACGAAUGGAUGAAAUAUUGUAGCAACAAUGAUUUAAUCUUAUUUACAGCAUUUUCAAGAGAUCAGAGCGAAAAAAGAUAUGUUCAGCAUGUUAUGGAAGAACAUUCAGAGAUUUUAUAUGAUUAUUUAUAUAAUAAAUUAGGGAUUUUGUAUCUAUCAGGAAACUCUCGUUUUAUGCCAGAAGCAGUUAAACAGUCUUUUCUUAAUGUUUUAAUGAAAGAAGGAAACCUUUCUGAUGAACAAUCUAAGACUUGGCUCUUAAAAAUGGAAAAAGAAGGUCGAUAUUUACAAGAAACAUGGUCAUAA